AUGAAGGAUGACGAGAACGCGACGGCCAGGAUGCAGAAAGUAAAGCUGGAGGACGGAAUCAACGGCGAUGCCGCAUCGCAGCAAGCCGACUCGGCCGCCACCGCCGUUGCAGACGCGACAAGGCUCGUCAGGCUCGAGGGCUCACCGUCGCCGUCCACUGAGGGCGGCAAGUCGCGAACCGAUGGUAACGCAACCCCCAACUCGACGUCGCGCCCGCGCCUGUCGCGCAAGUCAUCGCGCAAGGCCACACCGACCCGGGAACCGACCCUCUUCGACAGCCUCCCCAACAUGACCGCCGAGGCCUGCAGCUCCUUCCAGGUCAUCACCGACUGCCUCUACGGCUCCAAGCACUUGGGCUCGACCGAGAACGACGCGUUUGACUGCGAUUGUCGAGAAGAGUGGCAUGAUGGCGUCAACAUGGCGUGCGGCGAAGACUCGGACUGCAUCAACCGCGCGACAAAGAUGGAGUGCAGCGAAACAGCGGGCAACUGCGGAGGCGGCUGCCAGAAUCAACGCUUCCAGCGAAAACAAUAUGCCGAGGUGUCCGUCAUCAAGACGGAGAAGAAGGGAUAUGGCCUUCGCACCGACGCGGAUCUGGUCGCCCACGACUUUAUUUUCGAGUACAUUGGCGAGGUCAUCAACGAAGCCACGUUUCGACGGCGCAUGCUCCAGUACGACCGUGAAGGCAUCAAACACUUUUACUUCAUGUCACUGAACAAAAACGAGUUUGUCGACGCGACAAGGAAGGGCAACCUGGGCCGUUUUUGCAACCACUCGUGCGUCCCCAACUGCUACGUCGACAAGUGGGUGGUCGGUGACAAGUUGCGCAUGGGUAUCUUUGCGCUGCGCACAAUUCGCGCUGGCGAGGAGCUCGUGUUCAACUACAACGUCGAUCGGUACGGUGCCGACCCGCAACCGUGUUACUGUAAUGAGCUCAACUGCGUUGGCUUCAUCGGCGGCAAGACUCAGACGGAGCGCGCCACUAAGCUGCCUCAAGCUACUAUUGAAGCACUUGGUAUCGAUCUUGGCGAUGGAUGGGACACGACAGUUGCGAAGAAGGCGCGCAAGAAGCGUGCCGACGAGGAUGACGAGGACUAUGUCAGCAGCUUGCAGGCGCGUCCCCUUGAUGAGGAGGAUUCCCGCAAAGUCAUGGCCACCCUCAUGCAAUGCAAGGAGAAAUGGAUCGCUGUCAAGCUUCUUGAUCGUAUUCAACAGUCCGAGGAUGAGCGUGUAAUUCACAGUGUCAUGCGCAUGCACGCAUACCAGAUCCUCAAGACAACACUACAUACGUUUAGUGACGACCACAACGUGGUCUUGCAGGUGUUGUCGAUAUUGGACGCCUUUCCGCGUCUCACGAGGAACAAGAUUCAAGACUCCAACAUCGAGGCCACGGUCGAGGAACUUGCUACAUCGGAACAUGAGGACGUCUCAUCCAAGUCGAAGAAACUCCUGGACGACUGGAGCAAACUUGAGAUGGCGUACCGCAUCCGCAGACGCAAAUUCGAGCCUGGCAUGCAGACGCAAAGUAUAUAUGAGGACCGCCGGGGCGCGGCAAGGGAGGGAGAAGCAGCUGCAUCUACGCAAACCUCGCAGAACAAAGCCGCUUCCCACCAGCCCAUUAACGCCCCGAAGGGCCCUCGCAGCAACAUUCCACAAAGGAAUAACAACUUUCAUGCCGGAAACGGCCCUCGCCAACGGCAACGCUUCAACAACCAAGGACCGCUGCCACAAGGUUGGUUCUCUGCCAAGGACGCCAGUGGCAAUAUGUACUACUAUGAUAAACAAGGCACGACGACAUGGCAGCGUCCUACACUUCCGGCGGAUCAGACACCAAAGGUGCCGUCCAAGGCUCAACAAGAACAGCAGAUGAUUCAAAACAUCAUCGCCAGGGUGACCAAGGAGGGCACACCGAAAUCAACACCGCCACAACAGUCGCAAUCGCAGUCUUCAGACACCCCGAGCAAAGACUCUCGAUCAGAAAAGUGGCGAGCAUUGUCACAAGACAAGCAAAUGAAGAUUUACGAAAACACUGUUUUCCCUCACAUCAAAUAUGUUCUGGAUAAAUUUCGGCACAAAUUGCCCAAGGAUGACUUGAAACGUUUAGGCAAAGAACUUGCUAAGAAGCUGGUGGCCUCUGAUUACAAGAAUAGCCGCGUCGUGGACCCAACGGCCAAGUUGAACGAGAGGCAGGCACGCAAGAUCAAGACCUACGUAAAGGACUUCUUAGAUCGGGCCGUUCAGAAAUACGCGGCGCAAGUCAAGCAACAAGGCCCGGGCGAGGGCAGUGUCUCCGCGCAGAGCAGCGCAAUUGAGCUCUCCGGCGGCCCUGUCGACAUGGACAAGGGCGACGGCCCUGGGCUGAGUGACGUGGAAGCGGACGACUCGCCGGGUAGUCGCAAGCGCAAGCACGACGACGUGGCCGACGCAGACAUGCUAGACGUGACUCCCGCCGCGGACGGCCCGGAGAUGAAGCGCCUCAAGGAAGCGGAGGUGGGUGCGUCAACUCCUAGCCCGCCGCCGCCACCGCCCUCGCCGCCACCUCAAGACGAGGAGGACGCGGCGCUAACGGCGGAGCAAGAGGCGUUGCGGGAACAGGAGAGGGCCCUGGAGCGCGAGAACGAGGAGGCACAGCGACUGGCGGACGAGGAGGCGCAUCGGACGAACGGAGAGCAGGAGCAGACCCGAAAACAGGAGGUUCUGAGUCACUGA